AAAAAUGCCACCGAGGUCGAAAGUGUGGCUCCAUUUCAACAAAAGUAAUACUAAUAUUUGUAAAACAGAUAUCGACACUAAGGUCGGCAACACGACAAAUUUAACGAAGCACCCGAACGCGCAAGGCAUCAACAAGAGUUGCUCAGUACUUGAACGUAAGAAGAGCGGAGCGCAGCCAUCCACCUGCUGUGGACGUUACAGAGCCAGAGCGGCUUGAUUUAAAAUCCCCACCCGACUCCGCUUCAUCCAUGACGAGUACAGCAAGUACUGACGGCGGCGCUGUGUCGGGGAUUUCAACAGUGACCUCUGAACCUGAUGUGAGGAGGAGGAGGACAAGGCCAGUUCACACUGACAGAAAAAGGGAAAAUGAGUGAAGAAAAACAAAGACACAAGACAGUCACAACUUUGAUGUUUAAGGUUUGCAGCCCUUUUCUACAGUGGAGGCUCCAUGGUGGAGGACCUUAACUACUGGGUCCACGUCCACAGGUUAGAACAUGGAGAUGGAGGCAUUUUGGACCUGGAUGACAUGCUGUGUGACGUGGUGGAUGACAAAGAUAGGCUCAUAGCUGUGUAUGAAGAACAGGAUCCUCACAAUGGAGGUGACGGUACCAGCGCCAGCUCUACAGGAACACAGAGUCCCGAACCCUUCGUCGGUGACAUGAGUUCAGUGUCUGGCUUCCAGCCCUACCAGGCCAGCAGUGAGAUUGAAGUCACUCCAUCUGCCUUGCGAUCCAGUAUGCCACUCCACGUCCGUCCCAGCAGCGAUCCCUCCCUGGUUGACCUUCCUCCUGGUGAAGUCCCAGUUGGUCCAGAGGAACCAUCCAGAAAGAAUCCAGCUCGCUGGUCCACGACUGUUGGCUUCCACAAGCACAACCACAAACCAAACGCAAGCAUUGGUGGGAGUCUGGAAAGAAAGGGCAGAGGAGCCCAUGCCUACCGGAGUCUCCCACGGGAUGCGAGCGGCUGGACCACUCAGUUCCAGAGAGAGAUGACUCGAUCGUCCCUGAGUGCUAACCAUCCAAUGGUCGACCAAUGGCUGGACAGACAGGAGCAGGAGGAGGAAGAAGAGCACAGGAAUCAAGAAAGGAGGAUUGAGCGGAUUGAGCCUGUAGGGAGGGCAGACUCUUCCUUGGAGCAGUCACCAGUGUUCAGUCUAGAAGGCAUGCUCAAGCCAGUUGAGGUGUCCAAUGAAGGAGGGCCCCUGGGGAUCCACGUUGUGCCUUUCAGCUCGCAGGAUGUCAGGACUCAGGGUCUGCUGGUGAAACGCCUGGAACAGGGGGGCAAAGCUGAACAGGAACGUCUCUUCCAGGAGAAUGACUGCAUAGUAAAGAUAAAUCAGGGCGACAUUCGCAACCUGCGCUUUGAACAAGCGCAGAACAUUUUCAAGCAGGCCAUGCGUUCCCCGGUCAUCCUCUUCCAUGUGGUCCCUGCAGUCAUGAAGAGGCAGUACGAGUUUCUGUCAGGCCACAGCGAACUCAGCCCACACCAGUCCAGCAUAGUCUUCUUCAACCAGGCAAUUCAAAAGCCAGGGGACAGGUCCAGUCUAGUGGGGAGACCUGCAGCUAGGCCUGGACCACAACUGGGCCUCAACCACAACCACCAGGGCCCACUGGCAGGAAGCACUCCAGAGCCAAACCGACGGUACACAACAUUACCCCACACUAUGAUCUCCAGGACUUCCUCAGCCCCCUCCCCCUCCCUGCAGCGCAGAAUAAGCACAAACACGCCCACCAGCUCUUACCUGAAGAACAAAGGCCGCAGAUUCAACAUUCAGUUAAAGAAGGGCCCAGAGGGUCUCGGCUUCAGCAUCACCUCGAGAGAUGUUCCCAUUGGCGGUUGUGCUCCCAUUUAUGUCAAAAACAUCCUUCCUCGAGGGGCUGCCAUCCAAGAUGGCCGACUGAAAGCUGGAGAUCGGCUGCUGGAGGUCAGUGGAACAGACCUUAAUGGUAAGACCCAGGAAGAGGUGGUGGCCCUGCUACGAGCCACACCCAUGGGUGGGAUCGUGAACCUGUUGGUGACUCGUCAGGAGGAUCCGCUGCUACCCCGAGAAGUGCAGCCAGAGGAAGAUGACAUUGUGUUAACCCCUGAUGGUACAGGAGAGUUCAUGACCUUUGAGAUCCCACUGAGUGACUCAGGCUCUGCAGGCCUGGGUGUCAGCGUCAAGGGUAAUCGGUCCAAGGAGAACCAUGCCGACCUGGGCAUCUUUGUGAAAUCCAUUAUAAAUGGAGGGGCUGCUAGCAAGGAUGGGCGUCUACAUGUUAAUGACCAACUCAUCGCAGUGAAUGGAGAGUCAUUGCUUGGUAAAACCAACCAGGAAGCCAUGGAAACACUACGGAAAUCCAUGUCUGUAGAGGGCAACAAGCGAGGAAUGAUUCAGCUCAUUGUGUCCCGGCGGGCAGCCAAAAACGAGGAAGCCCUUGACACCCCUCCAGUUUUAGAGCAUCACAUGAACUCUUUACUGGACAACCAUGAGCGCCGCAUCUCCCACUCCCUUUAUGAAACCAUUGAGGGCUUGGACAACACCUCGUCACCUAGGGCAAACGUGAUGGGACGCAUUGGCAACUACCAGCUCUCUCCGACUGUGAACAUGCCACAGGACGACAUUGUGAUGAUUGAAGACGAUAGGCCACCCCUGCUGCCUGCCCACCUCUCCGACCAAUCAUCCUCCAGUUCCCACGACGACAUGGGCUUUGUGGGAGAGAACCCAGUGCCCUGGAUCCACGAGCUGCCUGGUCAGAAUGAAUGCUCGCUCAGUCCCGACGCAGACCCUGACGGUUCAUUCCAGAGGGAGGGCUUUGGUCGGCAGAGUAUGUCCGAAAAACGCACCAAACAGUAUAACGACCCUGCCGAGCUGGAGGUCAUGAAGAGCCGCAAGUCAAAGAGCAUGGAUUUAGGCUCUGGAGAACAAGUCGGACCCUCACUGGGCCUGAAGAAGUCUAGCUCCCUCGAAAGUCUCCAGACUGCUGUUGCCGGGGCAACGCUGAAAAGUGAGAUUAACGUCAACAGGCCGAGCUCACGGAUCGUCAGGGGCCGCGGCUGCAAUGAGAGCUUCCGAGCUGCAAUUGACAAAUCAUAUGAGAAACCUGGCGCCGCAACAACAGAAGAGGAGAACAGCAUGGACACACUGGACGAGGAUACAGAGGGGAGUUCCCGCUCGGGUCGCGAGUCGAUGUCCACCAGUGGUGACCUCUUUGUGGCCUCCGGGCUGAACGGCAGCGUUUCCAAAGAUGACAGCCGGAAAGAUUGGGAAAAGGUCGGGGGGAAGGAGAGGCAGAAACCUGAAAGGGAUAAAGAGGAGAAAGACAAGGACAAGAUCAAAGCCAAGAAAAGCAUGCUGAAGGGCCUGGGCGAGAUGUUCAGGUUUGUAAAGCACCGGAGGGAUGAUCGUCCAGGAGAAAGGAUAGAGAGGAAGGGCUCCAGUAAAUCUAAAGCCGAGGACACGCAGGCAUCAGAAGAGGAGACCCUGCGGAUGAGACUGGAACAAGAGAGAAUUCAGGCCAAGACACGGGAAAUUCGGGAGAAGCAGGCGAAGGAGAGGGAAUACGCUGAGAUCCAAGAUAUUGUCAGCCCCACCUUUAGCUCAGAUGAAGAGCCCACCUAUGCUGGCAUUGGAUCAUUAGACUCUUCAGUAGAUAGCAGCGGCAUGGACCCAUACAGUAAUCCUUACCAUCUCCCUCAAAGUCCACAGCUUCCCUCGAGUCCUCCAGAGAAUGGUCCACCACUGGAAGCUCUGUAUGCUCAGGUCAAUAAACCUCGCAAUGGACGUCCUGCAGCUCCAGACAGCAGUCAGAUGACUCCAAAUAACCACGAUCGGAUACAAAGGCUGAGGCACGAGUUCCAGCAGGCCAAACAGGAGGACGAUCUGGAAGACCAUCGGCACACCUACAGUUUCGACCAGUCUUGGGUGAGUAAUGGGACCGAGACACAGAGUGGACGUCAUUCAAUAACCGUUGAGACUCAGGCUCAGAAACAGCAGCAAGAGGACAGAGACGGUUUCCAACAAGCACAGAGACAGUACAGCUCCCUGCCGCGGCCACCUCGUAAGAACGCCAGCACAGCAUCCCAGGAUUCAUGGGAGAAGGUGCAUGUCCCUGCAGAGAAAUUCCAAAUGUCCAAGGAGAAUCCUCGCUAUGUCCAAGGAUCGCAUAACGGCUACCUGGGAACGUCCAGCUUCAAUGCCCGAGCCCUCCUUGAGACGCAGGAGUUGUUGAGGCAGGAGCAGAGACGCAGAGAGCAGGAGGCCAGUAAGGCCGGGCUGCCUCCAGCACAAGAAACCUCCAGUGGCAGCACCUACGACCACACACAUGCCCCUAACUCUGUCCCGGUACAGCCCCCACCUCAAUCCAAGGGCCCCUACAGACAGGAUGUGCCCCCAUCUCCUUCUCAGCUCGCCAAGCUCAGCAGGCUUCAGGGAUCUGAGAAAGGGAGGCUUUUCUACUCCUGAGAGAGGACCAUGAUCCUGGACAGUUGUAGUUUUGAGAGAACAGGACUAAUUCUUGCAUUAACAGGAAAAAUACGAAGAGGGCAAUAAGGCUUUCAUAUAAAUAAAUAUAUAUAUAUAAUGCUGAUACUACUUUGGGAUUGUUGAUAGAAAAUGUUAUAUUUAAAAAAAAAAAAAAAAAAGGAUAAGAACCAAGAUCUUUUUUAACUGUAUCUAUAAAAGAAAUUAGUUUAGAUGUUUUAUCGUCCACCAAGAUUGUGCCUUCUAGUCCAUUGAUUGUUCACAUACAGACGUUGAAUUCAUCAGACACAGCUGAGAGCCGUUGACACUGACAGCUAUAUGACCUGAAAAUGAAUAGGUUUUCUGUGAGUUGGGUUAUAUGAGGUAUUGACAUGUUUUCAGCACCGACUUCACUGAGUAAUGCUCGGUCUUUCUGAGACGAUGUUUGCCAGCAGGGACACAAUGAGAAACACAUUUUAGCCACGCAACAAAAGGGUCCGAUAUGUUUGAUAAAAUCUGCUCAAGUCUACGAUAUACAUGUAUUAAGAAUGUGUACCACUUUUCCCUGCUUUAAAAAAAGUCUUUCCAGACUGAAAUCUGACGUUUGCAAACUGCUCACACUGCCACACCAAAGUCACAAAUGAUCACAUUGGGACUUCCUGGUGCAGAAAAUACUGAAGUACUGAUGUAAAGUUGCUGAUUUUGGACUUUUGUGCGGGACGUGAACAGUUUAUAAACAAAUAGCAGACAUUCAGGAUUCUUGAGAUGUCUUCGACUUCUGCAGGAUUUUAUGAAGUGAGGUUUUAGCUCAGUGGCCACAAUCAGUGUCUCCUCGUGUCUCCUGGUCACAGCCGUGUAUUCAGUGGGAGCCAGUGGGAGCCAGCACACUUGGUGACGUCAAUGCUGAACAUGUAUAAACACGUCAUAUAACCUCACUUAAAGAAAACACCUGAAGUAUCCCUUUAAUGUCACCGUUCCUCAGCACUGCCAUGUUUUUGUACCACUUGGGUCCUGGUAGAGAUCUGAACCAAUGCUUGUGUGCACCACGAUGCUCUACAUGUUUAUUUGUGUAUGUGUGUGAGUGCUGGCAGGAUGUAUUGACACAGUUUAGAGGUUAGACAGCUUGUGUGAAGUGUGGACUCAGACUUUGGUCUCUGGCCAUGACCGUACAACCCCCCCCCGCCCCACCCCCCCACCUCACUUCAGAGAAAAGUCCCUUUAUGGUUCCUGAUUAAACACCAUUCCGAGUCCGUGUCCUCCUUCCAACCCCGUCUUGUGCUUAAUAUGAUAAUCCUGAAUUCUCUGUUCCUCUCUGCUCACAGCUUUAUCUCUGUUUUUUUUUUUUUUUAUCCUCACAUUGUCACUGUCACCAGUGGAGGAAAACAGCUUUAAAUCUCUGCUUCACCCACCCAGGAAAUCCAGCAGUAUAAAUGGGGUCAGGUCUGAAUGAUUAGUCAAUGUGCCUUAUUAAAAAUGAAUGAGCCCCAUUGUGCUUCUUUGUUGUGAUGUGCAUUGAGGAGUAAGAAACACCGACCUUGCUGGCAUGGCUCUGGCCUCAGUGUGCGGCCGUAGAACAAUUUGGUUGUAACCGAAGCUCUUUGGACCGGAGGUGUCGGAGCUGUUCCUCGCUGAAUAUUUCAUCACAGUGGUUACACGGGAAACCACAGUGGGUGGCUUCAGUGUGGGGCUGCGUAAAUCCACAGUCCUGAUACAAUGGAGCUGAUUUUGUUUUCCAUUCGUGAUUAUGUCCAUUGAUAGUGAAGCACUUGGGAGCCUUGUAACGGUUCAGUUAAACGAGUGGUACAUGUGUAUGUGUGUGUGUGAGUGAGUGAGUGUGUUCUUGGGUUUCUAUCUUUGGAAGCGCAAGGUUUUUUAGAGCGAUUCCACGUAUGUCUUUAUCAUUUUCCUGGAAAGGCAAACGUGAUGACCCCUUGGUCUUUUGCUUUUCCUCCAAUAAAGCUGCUGUCAGCAACAAACACACAUUAAAAUACUGCCUCUUUCUGGAGUGGAUAAAGUGUUGCGGGACACUGGAAAAGUUCCGAGACAAAUACUUUAGGUCAGUGAUAGCUGUCAGAAUGUAGAGCCUUAUUUUAGCUCGAGGUUGCUUGGUGUCCUCGUUUGGCAUCAGUGAAAAUAAAUCAUUUGAUUCUCUGAAUUAAUGAAUUUAUUUUGUAUUUAAGUGGAACUUUGCAAGUGUGGUUUUUACGGAGGUCCCUCUACGUACAUUUUUUAUUUUCUGUUUACAACACCACUGUAAACAUCCAUCCCUGAUGUAUUUUGACUAAAGUUUUUCAGUGACAGCAGCUUUAAGUGUGUUAACACACAAGUCAUACAGUGGCAUGACUACAGUAACCAGGUUACCAUAAUGUAAACAUAUCCUUGCCUUAGCUCACCCCAGUCUAACUUACAUUCACUAUCAUAAUAUAUGUUUAUGGAUUAAACUGAUAAUAGUCCUCGAGUCAAGCUAAUUAGGAAGUUAAAAUCUCAAUAAAACAUGUUAUGGUAGACUUUGUUCUUUCCAAGAGGCAAAUUGAGUGUGAAUUUGUGUUUGUGCUCCUCACACUUGCAAGUGUGUGUUUGUUCAGCUACCAAUUUACCAUUGUAUGUGUGUGUGUGUGUGUAUGUGUUAGUGUAGGUGGACAUGUGUUUAAGUGUCUGUGAACACUGCCAGUAACUGGAUGCUCCAAUAUGUCUAUGAAUAUGCCUUGGCAGCCAUCUGAACCACUUGGCUGCUGAGUGGGAGAAGAGCAGUGGAGUGGGAAGCAGAGAAGAAGGGAGGCCUGACCUUGCAGAUGAUUCAGUCAAUGGAGUAAUCACAACUAUUCCUCUGAGUCUGGAGUACAAACAGGAGGUUACAAACAAGGCUGUGCUUCACUUUUACUGUCUCUCCUUCUCCGUUUCGUAUCUGUUAGUUUGUGUUUGUCUGCGGCAGAACGAUUGUUUGCAUGUGUGAUGUGUUAUAUACAGUAUGUUUCUUCAUGGACUGGUAGGGUUUCAAGAUGCUGCAAUAUCUAAUGAGUUUUCUCCUAACAUGCAAAUUUAAUAACAUCCCAUAAUACAGGUUUAUUAUUUGUGAAAGCUAUUGUUUCAGGGUGUUUUUUUUUUUAUCCUGGGAGAAAUUAUAUUGUUAUUGUUUCAUUAUAUGUUUAUGACUACCCCUCAUUGUUUUAUUAUCCACAGUUUGGUAUUAUGGUGGUAAAAGAUGAUGUAUAUGUAAGCAUAGUGCAAUUUUUAUUUUUUACAACAGUGUACCAUUACGAACCAUGUCUGCUGUUCUCUGUACAUACAGUAUAAACCUUUUUUUUUUUUUCCAUGAAUAAACUGACGGUAGUUUCAA